CUGCCGGCGCGGCCCGCGGGGGCCCUGGUGGAGGGGCUCUACCGCUGCGCCCGCGACUGCUACGAGGCGCUGGGCUUGAGCCGCACGGCGGGCAAGGCGGAGAUCGCGCGGGCCUACCGCCAGCGGGCCCGGCGCUACCACCCUGACCACUACCGGCCUGAGCCUGGAGACAAGGGCGCCGCACUGACGCCGCAGGGCGCCGAAGAGGCCUUCUUGUUGGUGGCGACCGCCUAUGAGACUCUAAAGGAUGAAGAAACUCGAAAAGAUUAUGAUCACAUGCUGGAUCACCCAGAAGAGUACUAUAGCCAUUACUACCACUACUGCAGCAGGCGCUUAGCCCCCGAAGUGGAUGUUAGAGUUGUGAUUUUGGUCAGUGUAUGUGCUAUUUCAGUGUUUCAGUUUUUCAGCGGGUGGAACAGCUACGACAAGGCAAUCAGCUACCUAGCCACAGUGCCCAAAUACCGAAUCCAAGCCAUGGAGAUUGCCAAGCAGCAGGGGUUUGGAAAAGCCAAAGAGAAGGGCAGAAACAAAAAGUCCAAAGAGGAAAUUCGUGACAAGGAGGAGAGCAUCAUAAAGAACAUUAUAAAAA